GCGGGCGGGCGGGCCGGAGGGGAGCGGGAGGCGCGGGGCCGAGCGAUGGCGACCGACACGUUCCUGAAGGACAUUAAAGCGGGACUGAAAAACCUUAACCUCCUCUUCAUCGUCCUGGAGAUCGGGCGAGUUACCAAAACGAAAGAUGAACACGAAGUCAGGACAUGCAAAGUGGCUGAUAAGACUGGCUGCAUCAACAUAUCUGUCUGGGACGAUGUGGGGAGCUUGAUUCAACCAGGGGAUAUCAUCCGAUUGACUAGAGGAUACGCCUCGAUCUGGAAAGGAUGUCUGACCCUCUACACAGGGAGAGGAGGCGAACUCCAGAAAGUAGGAGAGUUCUGUAUGCAGUAUUCAGAAGUGCCGAACUUCAGUGAGCCCAAUUCUGAGCACAUGCCUCCUGGGUUACAGAACAAAUCUGCCCUGAAGCCUCGAGGGCAGGCGGGUGUUGGGGAGACGACACGUGGCAGCAGCCACCAGCGGGCGGAGGAGGGAACGGGCGCUGAUGUGGGGGCCACCGGCCAGCGAGCCUCUGCCCUGCCCAGGGGGGCACUGACCUCGGUGGCCAGCGGGAACCCCACGGAUUGCUCGAAUGGCGACAUGUUUUACAAUGUUUUUGACAACCUGCCAAAACCGAGCUGAGCGCACCACAGCCAGGAACACGUCGGAACAUUUCAUACAGAGGCAGCUUUCAGAUCUUCCAACUUUGGCUUGGGAACAGGUGGAGGCCAUUCAGCCCAUCAAGCACGUUCUUACACUUUAUCUUUUAAUCUCAUUCCCUUUGGUCGACUGUCCAGAACAGCCUGGUUCAAGAUCAGGAUCUUCUGUCCUUCAUGUUGAAGGUUCAGAUAUUCACCGGAGCUGAGUUGAAGCCACUGCCUUGUUUUUAUUCCUGCCCAUGUGUGUCUCUGUGUCUGUGUGUAUGUGUGUGUAUGUAUGUCUGUCUCUGCGUCUGUGUGUGUGUGUGUGUGUGUGUUCUGUGGCUGCUGCUCCUGUCACACACCGUGGUGCCACUCCCAUUUACUGAGGACUCAGACCCCUCUUGCUUUAUGCUUAUGGUUGCUGUUGAGCUCUAGCUCAGGCUGUGUGUAGCCUUGGCCCCGAUAGAUCUCAUAAUCACUGCUUACUAGAUGGGACGAUAUUGGGACAAUGCGCAAGAUUACAGGACAAGCUCGGUGAACGAGCGUCUGUCUCUGCUGUUAUUAACUGUUGCUAUUGAACAUGGGCUGCUGUGUGAGAGCGGAGAGCACUUUGUCCUGAGGAAGGUGUAGUCUGUAAUGUGAUGGGUAUAAACCAGUUGGUUACUUGUAUGAAGCUCAGUCACUGAUGAAAUCUAACAUCGGGAGGACCCAGCAGCACUGUUUGUCUAUUUCCCACCCAGAACUGCAUGUGUCCUCCCUCCCUCCCUCCGUACAAGAGUGCUUUGCUAUAACAAGAUCUGUUCACCUUCCCCCAGGCACAGGCUAGACAUAAAGCACAGAACAAAAAAAAAGUCCAAUUGGUCUGUCAAGUUCCCUCUCUCUCUCUCUUGCACGCUCCCAUCCCCUUCGCCCUGUGAGAUGGAAUCACCAUGAUCUGAUCGGCCUUUCAAUAAGGAACAGAUUUUUUUUCUUUGAAACCUGGAAAUCAAUGAUAGGAAGGAACAAUGCCACUGGCUGGAUGACCUGCCGUAAAGAUUAUUUGCACAAAUGCUCCAGUUUGCCAUAAAAAUAUCAAAUCAAUAAAUAAAUGCUUUUCAAAAA